UAAAUUCGGUCCUGGAUACAGAGUUGUAUAAUAAUUAAGAAGAAACCAAUUCCGGUACACUUCAUGCGCUACGGCACUUGCCUUCUGCAGUAAUUGUGUCUUUGCUACCCAUCGGUAAUCAACAGAAGCUUCGGUAUCGUGGCACCAGGUGGAGACACUGUUGUCGGGCAAGCAUGGUGGUUGUUGACUGUGGCCGUCAACUCCUGUUAGACGGCUUGUGACGUUAGAAGUAAGCAGCUGAGUCGAACUACAUCGCCGACGUCAACAGAGAGGGAUGUGGGUUCUGCAGGCGCUGUCGCUCAGUCUGCUGUCCAUGUGGGCUAGCGCCUCAUCCGGACUCCCAGAAGUACUUCACCUGUCAGCUGAACCGGACUUCCGUGAUGUCACACUGAGGUGGGAAUAUGAACGCCAAUCCCCAAAGAUCUUUGGCUUCCAAGUGCAUUACUGCGAGCUGCAGGCCUGGGGCCCGCACCGGUGUCGCUCCAAGAUGAUCGAUGAUUCACUAGGCUGGGAUAUAAUGUCCGGAAAUGCCAAGUUUCGUAUGUAUGCAGUAUUCAUAAGUGGUCUUCGGAUGUCAACUAACUACUCAUUUGAUGUAUGGCCUGUAGAGUCAAGCAACAGAGAAGAACAUAGAAGUGACACCAAAUUACUCCGCAGCAGCAUCAUAGUGUCGACCAGAGGCUUUUCAGCACGUGCAACACAGUGCUUGCCUCAUGCAAGUGAAGUAGAAGUAGCCACGGGUCCACAUUUUGGAGGCCGCAUUGCUGUUGAGGCAGCUGAUGGAGAACGAUGUGCUGUAGAUGGCGACCCAGAGAGCCCUAGAGAUACCUACAUACUGCGAAUAGACCACAAGAUGUGUGGUACACAUGUCAAUGAUACCACUGUGGCCACAUUUGUGCUGGUGCAGGAAAAUCUGCCCAUCCUCACACACAGCACCCGACGCUUCCUCGUACUUUGUUCGUUCCAGCCAGAAACUUUAACAGUCAGAGCAGGGAUCAAUCUUCCAUCACAUCAUCACCGUGAGGACCCCAGUAAUAACAACAGAGUGGAACACUUACAACCUGAAGUGAUGGCAUUUGAGGCAGAAACUGCAGAGUCAGUCAACGAUGUGCAAGUCUCUCAUUUCCAGCGUCAUCAACAGAUAGUAGACACACACAUGGGCAGAAUGCUACAGGAUCAGAGUGUGGUGCAGUUGAUACUAAUGAUAAUCCUAGUGGUUGGAGGUGUGAUUGGCUGUGCACUCACUGCUUGGUGGCUCAUCCCUGGUUUACGCAAACAUCUCCCAGGUCAAACUGUGUCACCAGAUGAUUCUUCUUCAGUCUCAAUAUAUGAGAACUUUGAAAACUCACUGCGAGAUUCCAGUGCAAGUGAUACAGACUUCGAAGGAUCCAUUCAUGAUGGAGGAAAUGAAAACUGUGAUGCUCGAACAGUAAUCAUACAAGAACAGAGAGAGAGUGAAACAGAAUGCUCACAAAGUAACAACUUUGAAGAUAAUAAUUAUAAUGGAGUUUUUACAAUUAGAAUUCCUACACAUCACCUUAUUCAAGAGGAAAAACCAUGUAUAAUGAUUGAAACUAACUCACACUCAGAAGCCUAAUGACAUUCAACCAGGAAAUAACAUGAAUAAUUUUUGUUUAUUUAUUUAAACAGAUAAUUAAUUCAUCUUGCACCCUACAAGAAUACAACAAUUAUUUUUGCACACUGAGAGUAGCAAAGUCAGAGUUUUGCCUAUUUAAACGAAGUAUAAAAUGUUAUAGGUUCAACUGAAAGUUAUUCUAAUUAAUAGACUUGGUCUCCCCAUGUGUAGAUGUGGGUUGAGUAAACUUACAGCCUUUUCAAUCAAGAUCUGUAUACAGGAAAGUAUGAAUUGUGUGUGAGUCAUUCUGACUCCACAUGAAGUGAGGAGGAGGAAGCUGUUCAGAAUUGUCAAGUCUAUCAAGUGAAAAAAUAACUUUUUGCCCACUUCCAUGUGUAGCCUUGUGUUCAGUAACUGUUCACCAUUCUGUCCCUUUUGUAUACAUAACCAGUUGUAAUCCUGUAUGAUUCUGGCUUUAUGGUAUUUCCAUGCUCAUCACAGAAGAUACUGUUUGUUGGUGGAUUGUACAUAGCUGUCAGUAUGUAUACAUCAGUUUCAUCUCCAGACCACUGCUGUCAAGUCAUCUCUUAUCUCAGAAUGAGU